AUGAGUAUGCACAGUGUUCAUCGUGGAUUUCUGAGAUUCCCCAUUCUUACCGUACUUCUGUAUCUGUUACUGCGAAGUGGUUACUGUAGCGGUGGUAUAGCAUCACGACGAUGCUCUCGGAAUAGUAUAAACCUUGGGAAGCUUAUAGACACACUGCUCACCGAUUAUGAUGUGCAUCUUCUGCCUGAAUCGGAAGGAGUGAACGUCACCAUCGAGCUACAUGUACAGGGUGUUUCUGGAAUCUCAGAAAUCACUGGCGAUUUUUCAUUGGACGUCAUGUAUAGUGAAAUAUGGCAAGAUCCACGGCUUGCAUUUAAACAUCUUAAUGUUUGUGCAACAAACAUUACAUUAAAGUCGGAUUUCCGUAAAAAAAUCUGGACACCUGACACAUGUAUCAUAAAUAGCAAAUCAAGUUCGAUACAUAGUUCUCCUUCGGAGAACACGUUCGUCAUACUGUACGAAAAUGGUCUGGUUUGGAGCAAUUUCAGAUUAAACGUGAAGACACCGUGUUCUGUGAACUUGAAGAUGUUUCCUUUCGACGCAUUAUCAUGCGAAAUCGUACUGGAAAGCUAUUCGUUUAAUACUGACGAAGUACGCCUCCUGUGGCAUGAUGUUCCAAUCACAAUGAUGGAAAAGGUCGAGCUGCCCGAUUUUGAUCUUAUCGGUUGGUCCACUGAUCAUCAACGUUUAGAGUAUCCGAAUGGGAUUUGGGAUCGAGCAAAGGUGAAAUUCACUUUUGCAAGACGUUACGGCUUCUACCUAUUUCAAUCGUAUUUCCCUACUUCAUUGACGGUAAUCAGCUCAUGGGUGGGCUUCUUCUUCGACGUACGAUCCGUAUCAGCAAGAAUUACUCUUGGUGUUUCUUCUCUUCUCGCGCUUACCUUUCAAUUUGGCAAUGUUCUACGUCACCUGCCACGUGUUAGCUAUAUCAAGUGCCUUGACGUGUGGAUGAUAUUUUCUGUGAUCUUUAUUUUUUGUACACUUGUUGAAUUGGCCAUUGUUUGUCAGCUGAAUAGAUGGGAGCGUGAGCGACAAAUCGGAUCCAAAGUGCUUGGACAUUGGCUCAAUCAAAUACGGAAGACUCGACGAAAUGAAAAUCGAUCCAAUGGAGAAGGUGUACGAAAACGUGUCCCAAUCGUGACUACGGAGAACUCCGAUUCUCCGAUGCAUAAUACGGUAGUGAGAAAGACCGCGAAUUCUGUCACGCAUCAAAAAACCACUAUCAAUUCUCCCGAAGAACAUGACAAUUAUUCGUAUGAUGGAGAAAAGAAACAGGAUUGUUGGUGGAAUUUUGUACAACGAUUAGUCUACACAUUAUGUCCUCCAGAUAGAGACUGGACAAUUACAUCAGUUCAGGUUGAUCGGUGCUCAAUGAUAAUGUUUCCGCUCUCGUUCCUUAUCUUUAAUAUUGUAUACUGGUCGAUUUAUUUCAUGAAAAUGGAUAGACCUAUGUAA